UUGGAUCCCAGUUACCACUGGGAUAAUGGAACACAUAGCAACACUUAGAAAGCAUAGCAACCAUGCGGUAUAAAAGGAGCUGAUAGCUCAUCACCGCUCUUACUCUGAAGUUGAUUUUCAAAUACAAAACUUUAACUUGAACCUGUGUGUAAUAGUCCGAGUAGUUCGGACAUAUCAAUUUGGCGACGAGGAUUUUGAAAUUUUGAAGCACAACGAAAGAAGCGAUGGCAGAACUACAGCAAGCAAUCCUUUUGAUGACGGAACUCCUGCAGAAGCUGGCACAGCCGAACAAUACGGAGCAAACUCUCGAAUCCUUGGCAACCAACAUCAGUGAAUUUUCGUUCGACCCGGAAAAUGGAAUCACUUUCGAAAAGUGGUACAGCCGGUAUACGGAUCUUUUCGAAUCGGAUGCCAAGAAUUUAGACGAUUCCGCCAAGGUACGCCUGCUGUUGAGGAAGUUGGACACACCAUCCCACGUCAGGUACGUCAACUUCAUCUUGCCGAAGCUUCCCAAAGACGUCGAUUUUGCUGGCACCGUCAAGAUACUAUCGCAAAUGUUCGGCACACACACCUCCAUUUUUAACAAGCGGUACCAGUGCCUCCAGCUAGAAAAAUCUGAAGCGGAGGACAUCAUUAGCUACGCAGGGAAGGUGAAUCGUUCAUGCGAAGAUUUCGACUUCAAAAAUAUGAACAUCGAUCAGUUCAAGUGCUUGGUGUUUGUGAGUGGCCUUAAGGGUCAUGCCUACGCCGACACGCGACCAAGGCUUCUUUCCCGGAUUGAAUGUGAAACAGCAGAAGCUCCCGUGAAUCUUCAGACCUUGAUUAACGAAUAUCAACGACUCGUUAAUCUCAAGGAGGACACAUCGAUGAUUGAGCGCCAGUCAAGCUCGAAACAAGCGGUUCACGUUGUCCAGGAGAAGGGAAGUUUUCAUCAUCCACACACUUCAAAACCGGAAGGUAAGCUGCCUCGCACCCCUUGUUGGCAAUGCGGACAAAUGCAUUUUGUCCGGAACUGUCCGUUUUCGGAGCACCAGUGCAAACAGUGCAACCGAAUUGGCCACAAGGAAGGCUAUUGCGGCUGUUAUUCCAAACGGCAGACAGUUCCAGGCGGAGGGGAAAAGAAAACAUCGAAUCAGUCACCAUCGAAUCAGCCAUCAAAUCAGCAAACGAAUCAGCCAGCAAAUAGACAAAACAACCCUCGGAAAGUCAACGCUAGAGGAGUAUACAUCGUGAACCACAUCGCUAACCAUUCCAGCAACCGAAAGUACGUGCCUACUUUGAUCAACGGCGUGGCUACCAGGCUCCAACUGGACACAGCAAGCGAUAUCACGGUGAUAUCAAAGCAAACCUGGAACAACUUGGGUAACCCUUCAAUCAUCAAACCGACGAUCCAAGCAAUCAACGCGUCGGGCAAACCACUUCAUCUGAUGGGUGAGUUCCAGUGCGACGUCAGCAUCAACGGAAAAACUGCUCGAGGCAGAUGUUUCGUCACGACGACUGCCAACCUCAACCUUCUCGGCAUCGACUGGAUUGACCUGUUCAAGCUGUGGUCAGUUCCUCUCGACUCCGUUUGCAAUCAAGUAACGACGAAGUCGAUCGAUCAGCAGAUUAGUGAAUUUCGAGCAAAGCAUGCAAAUGUUUUCAAUGAUUCACUGGGACACUGCAGGAAAUUGAAGGUAAAGCUUUUUCUCAAACCAAAUGCUAAACCUAUUUUCUGUCCAAAGCGCCCAGUUCCUUUCAACACCAUUCCAUUGGUCGAUGCUGCACUCACACGGUUACAAUCAUUGGGCAUCCUCAAACCUGUCGAUUUCUCCGAAUGGGCUGCUCCCAUCGUGGCAGUGCGCAAACCUAACGGUCGAGUGCGCAUAUGUGCAGACUACUCGACGGGGCUAAACGAGGCGUUGGAACCAAAUCACUAUCCGCUUCCGACGCCGGAGGAAAUUUUCGCCCAACUCAACGGCAGCACCGUUUUCAGCAUCGUCGAUCUUUCUGAUGCGUAUCUGCAGCUUGAGGUGGAUGACGACUCCAAGAAGCUGCUCACAAUCAACACGCAUCGGGGAUUGUUCCGGUUCAAUCGCCUGGCUCCCGGAGUGAAAUCUGCGCCGGGCGUAUUCCAACGUGUGGUGGAUGGAAUGAUAGCAGACAUACCUGGUGUCCGCUCUUUCAUCGAUGAUGUCAUCGUGUUUGGAAAGGACAUCAGCUCACACGCAACGUCACUCAACCUACUCUUCCAGCGGCUCAAAGAGUAUGGUUUUCACGUGAAGGCUGAGAAGUGUCAUUUCUUUCAAUCACAACUCGGCUAUUUGGGGCACAUUGUGGACAAACAAGGCAUUCGUCCAGACCCCGAGAAAGUGAAGGCUAUCGCUGCACUCCCACCGCCAACCAACGUUCCCGAGCUUCGAUCGUACCUGGGUGCGGUCAACUUCUACGGUAGGUUCGUGCGCAACAUUCACGAAUUGCGGCAUCCAAUGGACCAGCUGUUGAAGAAGGACGUGAAAUGGCAGUGGACAUCGGCAUGCCAACAGGCUUUCGACCAGUUCAAAAGGACGCUUCAAUCAAACCUGCUGCUAAUGCAUUACGACCCUAAGCUUCCAAUCAUCGUGGCUGCGGAUGCAUCAAGCACAGGCAUCGGGGCAGUCAUCUUUCACCAGUUCUCUGAUGGCAGCAUGAAGGCAGUACAACACGCUUCGAGGACGCUCGCACCCGCGGAGCGUAAUUAUGGACAACCAGAGAAGGAAGCGCUUGCGUUGGUCUAUGCAGUGACCAAAUUCCACAAGUAUUUGUUGGGACGCCAUUUCACACUGCUGACUGACCACAAGCCACUACUUUCCAUCUUCGGUUCUAAGAAGGGGAUUCCCCUACACACUGCGAACCGACUACAACGGUGGGCUCUCACGAUGCUGAAUUACGACUUCGAGAUUCAGCAUGUAUCCACCAACGAAUUCGGAUGUGCAGAUCUGUUGUCCCGACUGAUCGACCAGACCAUCCAACCCGAAGAAGAAUACGUUAUCGCUGCGCUGAGCCUUGAGGAAGAUUUGGUAAGCAUUCUUGCUGACACAACAGAAAAGGUUCCUGUUUCAUUCGCAGCAUUGCAAAAGGCUACAACAACCGACGCCACACUCCAAUCUGUUGCUCAACACAUACGCGACGGAUGGCCCAGCUGCUCCAAGAACCUUUCCGCUGCAGUUCAACCGUAUUUUCUACGACGGGAAUCGCUCAGCAUGAUUGACGGAUGUGUCAUGUUCGGCAACAGAGUCAUCGUUCCGGCCCAGUUUCGACGAAGGAUCCUGCAACAGUUUCAUCGAGGCCAUCCGGAAAUUGUUCGGAUGAAGGCAAUUGCACGAAGCUUUGUGUACUGGCCUGGCAUCGAUAACGAAAUUGAGGAUUUCGUAAAACGCUGCAAUCCAUGUUCGACUGCUGGCAAGACUCCCACCAAGACCACGUUGGAAUCUUGGCCAGUACCUACCAAACCAUGGUCGAGGAUCCAUAUCGACUACGCAGGUCCGGUAGAUGGAGUUUACUUCCUGAUCAUAGCGGAUCCCUACUCCAAGUGGCCUGAGGUAUACAUGACCAAAACAACAACAGCGAAAGCCACGAUCAAAUUGCUGAAGCAAUCAUUCGCAACAUUCGGAGUUCCGGAAGUAAUCGUUUCGGACAACGGCACCCAGUUUUCAAGCCACGAAUUCCUGACGUUCUGCACUAGUGAAGGUAUUCGACACAUUCGAAUUGCUCCAUACCAUCCACAAUCUAACGGUCUUGCUGAAAGAUUUGUGGACACGUUGAAAAGAAGCCUUCGAAAAAUUCGUUCGGGGGGAGAGACGCUCGAAGAAGCUCUAGUCACUUUCUUACAAGUGUACCGCUCCACUCCUUCCAGUGAUCUGGGUGGAAAAUCCCCGGCUGAAUUGAUGUUCAACAGACCUCUUCGUACUGUUUCCGCAUUGCUACGGCCAACCACAAGUGAAGAUGGUCACACAGUGCGAAGAGAUAGAACAUUGCAGAACGAUGCGUUCAACCGCAAGCACGGGGCUGUCAAGAGAAGUUUUCAGCACGGAGAAUCGGUUUACGUAAAGGUUCAUCAAGCAAAUUCUUGGCAAUGGAAACCUGGCACCAUAAUUGAAAAGAUCGGUUCUGUCAACUACAACAUUUUCCUUGAGGAUCAACAACGACUGAUAAGAUCGCAUGCCAACCAGCUCAAGUCGCGCUUCACCGAAACCAGCCAACAUACCGAUCAGUCUACUCCACUAUCUAUCUUUUUCGACAAUUUCGGCCUACAAUUUCCUGUUGAAGUACCAUCAACCGAAAUUUAUGCAGAUGUUUAUUCAGAGGAUGAAGAAGCAGUAGCCGUCAGCCAGAGCAGCUCCUUCUUAACAGAAGAUAUUUCAGAAGAUGAACACGAAAACAGCGACGGUUCAAUGGUCGAACCAGUAGACAACGAACAAACUCCUAUACCAGUAGAACUAAGCGAACAGGCAACAUCCACAAUGGACAGACCGCGACGAACAAUCCAACUUCCUGCUCGCUUCAAGCCCUAUUGGAUGUUCAAACCUUAAGGGGGGAAAUGUUGGAUCCCAGUUACCACUGGGAUAAUGGAACACAUAGCAACACUUAGAAAGCAUAGCAACCAUGCGGUAUAAAAGGAGCUGAUAGCUCAUCACCGCUCUUACUCUGAAGUUGAUUUUCAAAUACAAAACUUUAACUUGAACCUGUGUGUAAUAGUCCGAGUAGUUCGGACAU